AUGCAACUGAAAUUAUCUACCAGCCUUUACUACCCGAUAACCGUCACAGACCUGCUGAAGAAGACAGGCGAUGAAGUAAACCAGGGGGAUGGAUUGUUCUCGUACACUUAUCGCACGACUGUGACGGAGGGAGAUGGGCUAGGUAACAAGGUGGACGUCGUGAGGACAUUUCCCACGAGGUUCGAAAGCACAGUUGACGGAACCUUGAUAGCUUGGAAGAUCCGUAAGGGACAGAUUAUCGAAACUCCCAUUAACGUCGCUGAGAUAGACGAGCCAUGCGCUCACGAAGUGCAGUUUGGCGGCAUGUGUGCAAACUGCGGCAAGGAUAUGACUCAUGCAAGCUACAACACCGACGUUCUUGAUUCACAGCGGGCACCCAUCCGCAUGGUUCACGACAACUCUGCACUAACCGUUAGUGAAAGUGAAGCUACACGGGUAGAAGAGGAUGCCAAACGCAGGCUACUCUCGUCAAGAAGACUCUCGUUGGUUGUUGACCUGGAUCAAACUAUCAUUCAUGCCACCGUGGACCCAACCGUGGGGGAAUGGCAGCAAGACAAGGACAACCCCAAUCAUGACGCUGUCAAGGAUGUGCGGUGCUUCCAGCUAGUCGAUGACGGUCCUGGCAUGAGAGGAUGCUGGUAUUACAUUAAACUACGACCGGGACUAGAGGAGUUUCUGAAAGUGAUUUCUACGCUAUACGAGCUCCAUAUCUAUACCAUGGGGACGCGGGCUUAUGCGCAGAACGUGGCCAACAUCGUCGAUCCAGACAGAAAGAUCUUUGGGGACAGAAUCCUCAGUCGAGAUGAAAGUGGUAGCCUUACGGCGAAAAACCUUCAACGAUUAUUCCCGGUAGACACCAAGAUGGUAGUCAUUAUUGACGACAGAGGAGACGUAUGGAAGUGGAGUGAGAACUUGAUUAAGGUCACGCCUUAUGACUUUUUCGUUGGUAUUGGUGAUAUUAACUCCAGCUUCUUGCCGAAGAAACAAGAAUUUAAAGCAAAGUCAAAGUCUGGAGCAAAGGCCAAAAAACCGAUACCUGCUGCUCCCGCUGAUGCUGAUGCCGAUGCUACCACCACAACUUCUGAAGGAGAUGCAAAGCCAGAGUCCAAUGGAUCAAAAUCCGAGACAACCGAAGCAGAUGAGUCUGGUUCCACGGAACCUGAGCAAUCAACACUUGAACAGUUGGUAACUAUGGGCGGAGGGGACAACCCUGUCUUACUACAGGAGCAGACCAGCCAACAGGAAGAAGUUAUUGCACACCAGGUGGAGGAGCGCCCUCUGCUUCAGAAGCAAAAGCUGCUGGAUGCAGAGGAUGAAGCGGCUGAGACCCAGCUGAACACGGAGAAUGGCGAUUCGUCCAGCGAUGAGUCUCAAGAUUCGGUAAAACACCAUCGUCACCACUUACUUGAAGACAACGAUGGUGAGCUCCCAUUGCUACAAGAGCGUCUUCAGCGAAUACACCAGCGGUUCUUUGAGGAGUACGACCGAAGACGCACGCAAGCUCUUGGUGGUAGAGUAACGGCCCUGGCGGGACAGCGUGCCCCUACCAAAGAUAAAUCAGUUGACCUACAGAUAGUGCCUGAUGUCAAGACUCUAAUGCCAGAGAUCAAAGGAGUAGCCCUCGAGUCCGUCAUCCUGGUCUUCUCAGGCGUCCUUCCACUAGGAACAGAUACACAGAAUGCCGACAUUUCAUUAUGGGCGAAAAGCUUUGGGGCAACGAUCACUCCGAAGAUCAAUUCCCGCACAACCCACUUGGUUGCUGGGAGAAACCGAACAGCCAAGGUGCGAGAGGCUACGAGGUAUCCGAAGGUGAAAAUUGUUACUGUUCAAUGGCUGGUUGACUGCAUGACUCAGUGGAAGCGCCUAGAUGAAGAGCCAUAUCUUGUUCCAGUUCAUCCGGACGACAUGGGCGAACCCAUCGGCUCAUCGGAGAAUUCACCAGAGACCAAGGGGAAUGCAGACGACUCAUUUCCCUCAUCUUCAGGCGAUGAAUCAGAUCCGGCCAGCGACAACGACACAGAGAGUGUGCGAUCAUUGAAGUUGGCUAAAAGGCGAAGAAAUUCUGACGAAGAAAUCCAGCUAUCUGCCGGUCUGACUGAUCAGUCUCGGCUUGGUUACGACGAACAGGAGCAGGCAACGGUACACGACGAGCUCAAAGAAUUCCUUGGUAGCGAUAACGAAGACAGCGAAAGCGACACCGACUUCUCCAUGCUAUUCCCUGACAAGAAACGCAAGCGAGAGACCGCCGAAGAUGCUGAGGCUGGCGACAAUGAAGAAGAUGACACAAGUGCUGAAGGUAGCGGAUCCCGUCUAUCCCAAAAGAUCAAGCGGUCUCAUGAACGAACCACAGGUCUAAAAGAAGUUUCUACAGCUCAGCCAAGCAUCCCUGCCACUGAACCGACUGCCGACGCUGAGAUGGAAAUUGGCAGGGAAGUAUUGAUGGGCGACCAACCGGAUGUUGAGCCCAAGUACAAGGACCUAGAUCCCGUUGUGGACGACCCAGAGGACGACGAAGAUGCCCUUGAGCGAGAGAUGAUGGCCGCCUUUGACGAAGACCUGGAUUGGGAGAAAAACACAGCGGAAGACGAAGAAGAUGCCAAUUAA